GCUGCCGGCGCCGCACCGCACCGCCCGCCCGCCCGCAGCGGCCGGCCGAGGAGCGAGGCGGCGGCCCAUGGAGGCGCGGGGGCGCGGGGCGGGCGCGGGCGCGGAGCGGGGCCGGCAGCGCCCCGCGCUCAAGCCCGAGCGCCUGAAGCAGGCCCGGCUGCACGUGGAGCGCGCCGCCAAGGUGAGGGGCGCGGGGGGGAGCGGGCCGCCGCCGCCCCUGCCCGGCUCCAGCGCGGCGCUGUCCCCGCAGCAGAAGAAGAUCUUCGUGGUGCAGGGGCCCUACCCGGUGAUCCGCAGCCUGCUGCGCGCCCGCGGCUGGGUGGAGAAGCGCCUGCCCCGGCCCGGCCGCGCCGCACGCCGGCGGGAGCGCGAGGCCGAGGCGGACGACAGCGCCGCGGCCCCGGAGGGCGAGCGGGCGGCCCGCGCCCUCGCCGCCGGCGCUCGCUCUUCCCCUCCCCCGGCCGAGGAGGAGGGCGAGGGCGAGGGCGAGGAGGGGCAGGACGAGGACCCCGAGGGCACCUACAGCCUCCUGUCGCGGCUGGCUCGCAACCAGGUGCCCUACUUCAUCUGGACCAACCGGCGCGACGUCGUGGACUGCCGCGCUCUGCGCAAGGAGCAGGUCAUGAACCACUACGCCCGGGCCGGCUCCUUCACCACCAAGGUGCGGGGCGCGGAGGCUGCGGGCGCACGGGGCGGGGGGCAGCCCCCGGUGCUGCCUCGCCAGGCCCGGCUGCCAUCCCCACAGGUGGGGCUGUGCCUCAACCUCCGGAACCUGCCCUGGUUCGACCAGGCCGACGCCGACACCUUCUUCCCCCGCUGCUACCGGCUGGGCGCCGAGGACGACAAGCAGGCCUUCAUUGGUGAGAGCCACUCCCAGGGCCAGAUGCCACCCCCUCGCUGCCACCCGUGCCAGCUGACACCUUCUCCCCCUGCCGCCACAGAGGACUUCCGGCUCACUGCUGCCCGCAGCCUGCUCAAGGUGGUGCUGAGCAGGGCCGGUGGCCCGCUUGCUCGGGAGGCCGGGGCCAACUCCACGCACGAGGGGCCCCCAGAGGCCAGCACAUCCCCUGGUAGGUGGUGGACACGGGACCAGGGACGUGACAAUGCCAGGGCCAAGCUGACCCUCUCCUCCCUUGGAGCCAGCUGGGGGCAGCUGGACAGCUGCCCCUGCCCCCGGUAUCCAGGAGGAGAGGACAUGCAGGGGGUGCCUGGUCCUCUGGUGCCCUGCUAUGCCCAGAGCACAGCCCCCUACAGCCAGAGACCACUGAGCCCCCAGCCAGCUCCACCCAGCUCACUGACCUCCCUGCUGCAUCAUGGGCCUGGGGGGCAAGGCCUGCCAGACAAAGCAGGGAGCCCCCUGCUGCUCCCCCUUUCAGUGUCCCUGCGGGGGGCUGCCCGGCGGCGGGGCAGCCCGCUCCCCAGGCGGCUGGUGGAGAUGGCGCUGCAGGCCUGCGAGGAGCACCUGAACAGCCUGCAGCACCAGGACAUCGACAAGGCGGCAGAGCUGGCCCCAGCUAGGGCAGAUGCCCGCUGGGAGGAGUUCCUGCGUGGCUACUACUGCAUGGUGCACGAGGGGGCACCCCUGGAGCUGUCGCCCGCCCAUGCUGAGCAGUGCCAAGACAUGCUGCAGCAGCUGCAGGAGCUGCUGCCACAGCUGGAGAUGGAGGGGGACCACAACAUCUGGAUCGUGAAGCCUGGAGCCAAGUCCCGUGGCAGAGGGAUCGUGUGCAUGGCACGCCUGGAGGAGAUGCUGAGGCUGGUGAACUGCGACCCCAUUGUGGUGAAGGACGGGAAGUGGGUGGUGCAGAAGUACAUCGAGAGGCCCCUGCUCAUCUUCGGCACCAAGUUCGACCUGCGCCAGUGGUUCUUGGUGACAGACUGGAACCCGCUCACCAUCUGGUUCUACCGCGACAGCUACCUGCGCUUCUCCACGCAGCCCUUCUCCCUGCACAACCUGGACGCUGCCGUCCACCUGUGCAACAACUCCAUCCAGAAACACUACGAGGCCUCGCUCCAGCGCCACCCGCGCCUGCCCCCUGGCAACAUGUGGUCGUCGCAGCAGUUUCAGGAGCACCUGCAGCAGGCGGGGGCAGGGGCAGCCUGGCAGGAUGUAAUGGUGCCGGGCAUGAAGGCGGCCAUCAUCCACGCUGUGCAGAGCGCACAGGACGUCGUGGAGCUGCGCAAGGGCAGCUUUGAGCUCUAUGGCGCUGACUUCAUCUUUGGGGAGGACUUUAAGCCCUGGCUGCUAGAGGUCAAUGCCAGCCCCACCAUGGCAGCCUCCACAGCUGUGACCAGCCGGCUGUGCGCCGGCGUGCAGGCUGACACGUUGCGUGUCGUCAUUGACCGCAGGCACGACCGCACCUGCCCCACCGGCGCCUUCGAACUUAUUUACAAGCAGGCUGCCGUGGACGUGCCACAGUACGUGGGAAUCAGUCUCCUGGUGGAAGGGUCCACAGUGAAGAAGCCAUGGGCUUCAGCCCAAAGGAACUGCAGCAGCAGCCCCAGGCGCAGCCCCCUGGCCUCCACGCUGGGCUGUCUGCAUGGCUCCCAGCAGCACCCCAGCCCCCGCUGGCCCAAAACUGCUGGGAGCCCCAGGGCUGUGGGACCCCCUGUGCGGCUCAGUGCCGGCGCGAGCAAAGAGGGCAAGGCCCGGGAACAGGCAGUGGCCAGCAGGGCCUCUGCCCCCACUGAUGCCAGGCUGAAGGCACCUGGCAGGCUGAGGCCAGAGCUAGGGCAGAAGCGGCGCUUGGUGCUGCCCAGCGUGGUCACCUCUCUGCCGGGGGACAAGCAGCUGCUGCUGCCAUCCCAGCCCCAGCCCUGCCCCAAGGGCAGCCCCCGGCUGCCAGCUGCCCGCAUGGGGGGGUCCUCCCACCGCCGCCUGCUGCAGUCCUCCUGGGGCAGCUGCAGAAAAACUCUGCAGAGGCCUGUUUGGCAGCCAGGGCAGGAGCUGCAGCCCUGUGUGCGAGGCCUGGGCACCUUGGCAGCAGCUUACAGGCAGCUCCCCUGCCCUGCAGAGUCCCCUGGGCCAGAGGCCCAGCAGGGAUAUGCCCAGGCCAUCCCAUGGGGCAGGGUGCCAGCUGCUCCUGCCCAAGACGGCAGCAGCAACAGGCACCCAUGGGUCUUCUCGGCCCCUGAGCUGGGGCCCUCCCAGCCGUGCCCUGUUAGGAGAAGGAAGAAGAGGGACAGGCCACACAGGUGAGGAAGCAGCUGGGCCCAGGGACUGCAGACAGUGCCUGCUAUGGUCCAGCCACCCAAACAGGAUCAUGUGCCAGGGUCCAAUAAAGGACGCUGAGGAAGG